AACUACUCCGCUGCUGGAAAUGAUCGCCACUCGUAUUUGGAAGUUAAAACGCUAUGGGCGUUUCAUCCCUGGCUCUAAGGAAACAGGUGUAACACCGUGGAAGGUACUUGAGGCAAAGGACAACAAACCUGAAAUUGUCCUCACAAUUGUGGAAUCUGGACACUUGCUGGUCUUGCGGGGACAAGAAAGCUUGGAUACAAUUCCUUUGCUGUGUGGCUCAGAUUCUAUUAAAGUACACCAGAAAUCUGAUAAUCUGAUGAUUCGAUUUAUUGUGAAGGGUGAGAGCCGCAUGAUAAGGAUGCAGUUUGAUGGAUGCAGCAUGGCAGAGGCUAUAAAUGAGUGCUCAAGUGCUGUGGAAAAACUGAUGGAGUACAUACCUGUCACCACUCAGGAUUACGCCCCACCACAGCCUAAUCAGCGCCCUGCUGCGGUACCUGCACCAGCAGUACAGACUUGUCAGGAAAAAGCUGUGGGAGUUAAACCUGAGGUUGUCCGAGGAACUGUGUCCAUCAAACGUCUUACCCAGCACUGCUUGGGAGACACUACUGUGACUCUACCUCGAGUAUAUCAACACAGUUCUUUUGGACAAGGUGACUUAGAGCAUUUCCUGCGUGUUUGUCUGCUGGAUCCCACCUUUUAUGGAUUUGUAGAGAAGGUGGAAGGGGAGCUGAGGAAACUGGUUGAAGAGUAAAGAAUCUUAACAACAGCUCAAGGCAGAAAGGUCAAGUUUGCGUGUGUGUGUGUGCAUGUUCGUGUUUUUUCUUUUUCUUUUAUUUGUUCGUGUAGGCAGUGCCUGUUGGUGGAGGAGUGUUUUGUUGCUUUGGUGCCAGUGUUCUUUG